AUGGAGGAGAGCGGCUACGAGGCUGCGGAGUGGCAGCUGGACCAGCCAUCAUGGAGUGGCCGGCUGAGGAUCACUGCAAAGGGGCAGGUGGCCUACAUCAAGCUGGAGGACAGGACCUCAGGGGAGCUCUUUGCUCAGGCCCCAGUGGACCAGUUUCCUGGCAUGGCUGUGGAGAGUGUGACGGAUUCCAGCCGGUACUUCGUGAUCCGCAUUGAAGAUGGAAACGGGCGACGGGCGUUUAUUGGAAUUGGCUUCGGAGACCGAGGUGAUGCCUUUGACUUCAAUGUUGCAUUGCAGGACCAUUUCAAGUGGGUGAAACAGCAGAGUGAAUUUGCGAAACAAGCCCAGAACCCAGACCAAGGCCCCAAGUUGGACCUGGGCUUCAAGGAGGGCCAGACCAUCAAGCUCAGCAUUGCAAACAUGAAGAAGAAGGAAGGAGCAGCCGGGACUUCCCGAGUACGGCCUGCUAGUACAGGAGGGCUGAGCCUGCUGCCCCCACCCCCAGGGAGCAGAACCUCCACCCUGAUCCCUCCCCCUGGGGAGCAGUUGUCUGUGGGGGGUUCCCUCGCACAGCCAGCAGUUGCUCCUGCUUCAGGAGGUGCUGUCGGGUCCUGGCCACAGCCCAAGCCUACCACUGCUGCCACCGCUGACAUCUGGGGAGACUUCACCAAAUCCACAGGGUCAGCUUCCAGCCAGACUCAGCCAGGCACUGGCUGGGUCCAGUUCUGACCUGAGCGCCAUGCACUUUUUCUCCUACAACUUCUGGAAGGAGCUGCCGAUCUGGGUCAAAGGAAGGAGGACGGACGCAGCACUGCCCGCUGGCCUCUGCCUGGAGAUGACCCGUCUCCUCCUUGCCUGGCUCUCCUGACAAACGGAAUGGUGGGCAGUACAUUGGCACCUGUCA